AUGGAAGCAGUCCCGUCCUCUACAUCAGAGACCCUGGAUUCCACCUUCUUUUCUUUUUAUCGGAGUAACCAAAGUUUUCCUGAACUAUUGCCAGGUUGGCACGUUUAUGGUCUUCUGCAACGGUCUGACAAGAAAUAUGAUGAAGCAAUCAAGUGUUACCGGAAUCCACUAAAGCUAGACAAAGACAACCUGCAGAUCCUCAAAGACCUGUCGUUAUUACAGAUCCAAAUGAGAGAUUUAGAAGGAUAUCGAGUAAGUGACAGAUUCAGAGCACUAACGGAUACGUUUCUGAGAGUCAACUUUAGCAAAGGAUGUCCACCUUUGUUUACCACCCUGAAAUCAUUGUAUCGCAAUUCAGAAAAGGUCUUAAUCAUACAAGAGCUUGUAAUGGGUUACGAGACCUCAUUGAAAGCCUGUGACAUGUUUAGCUUAGAAGAUAACGGAGAGAAAGAGCCACCAACCACACUGCUUUGGGUUCGGUACUUCUUAGCACAGCACUUUGAUAAACUCGGUCACUGGUCUCUUGCCUUGGAAUACCAACUCUUCUACGUGAAAUCGAAGAUCUACAAGCAUAUAGGUGGAUGGAUGAGGCCUUUGGACACUGCAGAUCGCUUCAUCAACUCGAAAUGCGCUAAGUACAUGCUAAAAGCCAAUAUGAUUCAAGAAGCAGAGGAAAUGUGCUCAAAAUUCACAAGAGAAGGAACUCCCGCAAUGGGGAAUCUUAAUGAGAUGCAGUGCAUGUGGUUCCAGACAGAAUGUGCCGCAGCCUACCGGAGACAGGGCAAAUAUGGUGAGGCGCUGAAGAAAUGCCAUGAAAUUGAAAGGCAUUUUUUUGAGAUCACUGAUGAUCAGUUUGACUUCCAUACAUAUUGCAUGAGGAAAAUGACCCUGCGUGCUUACGCCGAUCUUUUGCGAUUAGAAGAUGUUCUCCGCAGGCACGCUUUCUAUUUUAAAGCUGCGGAGGUUGCCAUUGGAAUCUACUUAAAACUCCAUGAAAAUCCACUAACCCAUGAAAGCAAGGAGCAGGAGGUCAAUUCAGAAAAUCUCUCAGCGAAGGAAUUAAAGAAGAUGUUAAGCAAACAAAGGAGGGCUCAGAAAAAGGCCAAACUGGAGGAGGAAAGAAAUGCAGAGAGGCAGCGCCAGCAGAAGAACCAAAAGAAGAUGCGAGAUGAAGAAGAAACAAGCGGGCCAAGGGAAGAAUUAGUUCCUGAGAAACUGGAAAGGGUAGGUGUAUCUGCGACAGGGGCAGUUACAGAAUGAAUGACUCCGU